ACCAUUAUCCACGAAAAUUGGUUCCCAACUGAAUCUCAUCAGUCGGCGAUAGGUUACCCAAGAUGAGGCACGUUAUCAAUCGUCAUGAUAUUGUGGUUGAGAUCGAUUUUGUGGUAAUUCGGGUGGUUUGUAAAUCUCCUCUACUCUAGAUUUCCCUUCGAUUCUUCUCCUCCUUGAACAUUUAUUGUCUUCGUUCUUCUUUCAUUCCUUCUCUUCCUGUGUUGCUAUAUGGGAUCUUGGUAUGCGCCAAGGCUUCUAAGAUAGAUUGAACACAUUUUUAGGAUCCUUCUCUCCGUCCCUAGUCCAAUCUCUGGAACAGCAUGGGCUUGCUUCAACUUAUAAGCAGAAUGUUAUUUCGACGGCAAAGCACUACCCAACAGGAGGCAGUACCUCCAUCAGGUCGGAUUGCAUUCGAUCUGAUUAAUUACGACAUUCUCGACGUUGUGAUGCAUCACGUCUACCUUGAUCAUCGCUCAGACUUACUACAAAUCUGUCAGGUAUCCAAGCGUUUGUACAUGGCCAGCAUUCCCUGGAUUUACAGAAACAUUCACAUCGAUAUCUCCGAUGAAUCUUCUCCAGCUUUUCUGGCACGUAUCGCAAAGGAUAGUUCUGGAAUUGCUACGUUUGUGCAGACGUUGGAGUUGAAGGGGUGCGCCGAUGCACCCCCAAAUGCUUGGGCUCCAUUACCAAAGUACGUACGCCAGCUGACGGGUCUUCGGAAGUUUAUUUGGAAUGGUUUUGCAAAUAUACCUCAACCUUUACUGGAUGCCCUGCUUCUCUAUCCGAGAGUCACACUUGAGAUCAGGGGGGCUCAGAUCUAUUACAAACGAAUCGGAGAUGAGUUCGCACCCUCGAUAAACAUCUUCAACGGUCUGGCCCUAUUACAGCUCACACACUUCGUAUUCCGACCUCCAACCGUGGAUCACCUGUUCAGAAACUUCAAGAGGGAUCUUUUGUAUCUUCUCGCGAAGGCUCCGGCAUUGAGGGAAUUGGAAAUCUACCGUGGACCAAUUGAGGAAGGGUUCCGAGUGUUCCCUCAAAUGCUAAAUCAUGUUGCCUUCAAAAGGAACCUACUUCCACAACUGCAUGCGCUGAGGCUGCUCACUUGGAGUAUUAUUUUCACUGAUGCAGAACUUACCGCAUGGGGUAACAUGGGUGGUUGGACGAACCUGAGACGCCUUGUUUGCCCCCAUCCUUCCAACCUCUUGAGCUUCCUAUACAAGAGCCCAGUCUUGAGUCAUCUAGACCUCCUCAUGUACACAAGCGAGAGUAUGAAAGAACUUGAAGAACGCCUCGAAGAAUGCAGCGGUAAUCCGUUCGGACCGAUUCAGAUCAUGAGAUAUCUACACCUUCUCACGACCGAAAGCACACCAGAAGAACUGGAGCAUGUCAUACCUUGGUGCGUCAUCCGGAAGAUUGCAGACACCCUCGUUCACUUUGAAUGUGGUGACACAUCCCUACGGACCUUAGCACCACGUCCCGCAGCACCAACAAAAAACGAUCUCUCGAGGCUGAGGUCGAUGUGCCCAGAUCUGAAGGAUCUUUCUCUAGACCUUAUCGUCGAUGGUCCCAGCUGGCCGCAUGAUCUUCUCGCCGAGCUCUGUCAAUUUCGUCAGCUAGCAAGAUUAGCGCUAUGGCUUCACGAGCCGUUACUCGACACACCUUUUCUCCAAGGUCUGACCAUCACUAUUCUUGGCAUCCCUGAAAGUGCCGGUCUGUUCGAUUCUCUGACACCUCCAAUAUCACCUAUCCUUGCCACGAAAGAGAACUACAACCAUGUUGUCGGAGUAAUGAUAGCUACACGUCGAGCCUACGGUUUGCCAGUCACUCAAAGGUUCCGAGCUUCUUUCAAGCGAGUCCGCGAACUCUAUGAACGCGAACCUGCGGAACACUGGCCUAUUCCGGACUACGUGUACGAUACCGGUUUGACGGGUCAGGUUACCAUCAACGCGCUCUACAUUCGGUAUCAAAAGGACUAUGCAGAGAGACGCGCCCGCGAGCUGUAUACUCGCAUGACAUGUGAUGAGCUCAUAGACCUGCUGAAGAUAGUGAAUCAGUCGAUACUAGUGACCCGUGUGUCGAGCCCAUUGACAUUGGACGAGGACAGAAUCCUUAUAUUGGACGAGAUCCUACGCAGAGGCAAGAGGCUUCGAGGUAUCACGUACAACACCUUGUAUGAUCGGUUGAUAGAUGAGUAGGUUAGCCAGACAUUGAGGGACGAGCUUUGGGGAUGGGGGGAGAAACUUGUCCCAGAGCUCGACGCGAAGCUCAUUCGCUACAGAAAUCCGCCCAAACCAUCUAUGAGAUAUACGAGUUUUAUUCGGG